AUGGGUAAUUGUAUAUGUACGGUGGACAAAUGCAGUGACAAUACCUCAUCUCCUUUCAGUUAUGUUGAAUACGAAGAAAAUUUGAAGAACAAAUAGAGUCAAAUUCUUAAUAAGGAGCGUAUGGAUGUCAUGGGCUCUGCUUGGUAUCAAGCAAUGCAUGAUGUAAAAUAUCUUCUUGGGAGGAAAGCAAAGAUUGAUGAUGACGAUUCCCAAAAUGGAAAUGAAGAUACAGCUCGAGAAAUUCAAAAACUUCGAGAAUACUAUCUCAAAAACACGAGGAAAGAUUCAGAUGCUAGUAAAUCAUCCUCUGUUGCAUAAAGAAGAGAAGACCUAUAUAAUGAUUACAUAAGGCAAAAGAAACAAUAAGCAGCAAAUUUGAAUCGAUAAGAAACUAAAAUUAGAAAGCAUAAGCUCAAAGCAAUAAACUAGUUUAAGAAAAAAACUUUCUUUGAAAUGGAUCCGAACGGCAGCAACAAAAAUGAAAUCAACUUUAUUACUCCAAAAUUAUAAAUGAAUAUGAAGCCACAUCUUAAAUCAUCAUCAAUCAACCUAAGAGAUGUUUCAACUACAAAUAAUACUUAAACUAAUGAGGGUUCCGAGUUAUUCACAGACAGAACAGGUACAAGUGUUAAAGUCAUGACCAUUCAUAAUGGAAAUGUUGAUGAUGAUAGAAUAAGUGAAACAUCUUAUCUUACGAUUAAGGUGUAGGAAGUGUCUGAUGGACGUUCCUCUGUAAGCAUUAUCAUUGAUGAUUUGACUUCUCAAAUGAGUGGCCAACAAUCUGAUCAAUCUCUCAUGAUUAAAAGAGUUUCUAACUCUCAAGGUUCUUAAUCUUCAAUGAGCAGUUAUGUCAAUAAUUACUCUUCUUCAAAUAUCAGCUAAUCCUAGAUGUCAUCUAAUACAAACAUAGUAAGAGUAGGCUAGGUCAGUAGACAGAAAUCUGGGCAAUUAAAAAGUGUUUCUAACUCAAGUUUUAAUCAUAGCUCAUUUAAUGAAUCACAAAUUAUUCGAGGGGAUUUCGAGGAGGAUUCUGAUGCCAUAUAGAGAUAUUCCUGUGAAAAUUAGUCUCAGAUCCAACUAUCAGACAGAAAAGAAAAGAUGAGCUAAGACUAAAUUCAUCUUAAUGUGUUCGAUAUAAGGCAGAGUUUUGGGCGUAAAUACACAAAAAGUUAAUGUGGGGACCAUGAGUACGAUGAAUUUGCUUCAGAUCUCAGAUAAACUUAAUAAUUUGAGUUCCUUGCAAACAUGUAGCCAGACGAUAUUAACUAUCAAAUUUCUGAAAAAGCAAAUAGCAACAAAAGGCUCUACUACAAUGAUGUGCUUGACUAAGAAAACAACAAUCCAAACGUUGUUAAGAAGAAAGCACCUAAGAAACUAGACAAAAAUUUGUAUAUAAAGAAGGAGUAUGAGAUUGAUGAGUUGGACGAAAACUUCAAUUAUUAAAGUGAUAACAGCUUCUAGACACCCUUUAAGAGUCAUUUGAAAAUGGCUUAGACUACCAAGAAUCACACUUUACAAAAAGAGUCAAACGAGAAGCUGGAAGAACCAAAGAUGACUUUCAGUUUCAAGAGUGUUGACAGUAAUGAUGAGAUCCAAGUCCAAUUUUUAGAAACUAGUUUUGAUAAUUAGAUGCCCUUAAUUCAAUGCAGGGAAUCAUUCGGUAUUCCUACAGAUGAUGAAUUUAUUGUUGAAGGUAGGCUUGCCUAAACUUUAAACAAUAAGCAAAUUUCUGCCUUCUUCGGAUAGCAUAAUAAUUCUUUUGAGCCCAGCAAUGAUAAUCUUAGCCAAGAUAUUGAACCUAAUAACUCAAUUGAAUAUUGA